AUGGGGGACAGAAGAGGUGAUAACCUCGAAAGUAGGGACAUUGACUGCCUUAAAUUGGAGUUAAUGGAAGAAAUCCACAUGAGAGACUUAGUACAGCUUUCGAUACUUGAAUUAAGACAGGAGAUAGUGAAACUGGAAGCCAAACUCAAUACUGAAAAUAAAGGUGGUGAAUGGAAAACACGUUAUGAAGUCCAACUUGGACUGAAUGAUCAUCUAGUAAAGCAAAUUGCUACUCUCAAAGAGAAAAUGGAAAAACUCCAUGGAGAUCCUUCAGAUAGACUAUCUUCUAUUCGUGUCUAUGAGCGAAUGUCAGUGGAAUCCUUAAAUACAUUACUUAAACAGUUAGAAAAAGAAAAAAGGAGUCUUGAAAAUCAAGUGAAAAAUUGUGCACUUAGAUUGGAACAAGAGUCAAAGGCUUACCACAAAACCAGUGAUGAAUGCCGUACAUACCUAGCUGAAAUGUCUCAGAUCUCUAGCUCACACCAAGUUUCUAAAAGGCAACAGAUGGAUCAACUUCAUAGAAUGAAACAGAAUCAUGUGAAAACAGGAAGAUGUAAUCCAACUAAUCAGAAGAUAGUAAAUGCCAAGAAAGGACCAGCAAAAAAGAUUACAAGAUCAAACCAUUUUCCAAAACUCAAUCUGUGA